AUGGUCUCGGUGCAAGUGGCUACUGAGUUAGGACAGCCUAUACCACUGGAUACGCAACAUGCAAUAUCUGUGUGCUUUCCCACAUGGAGAUCGGUGAUUUCGUACGUGGAGAAGGACCCCAAAGUUUCAGGGUGCUUGAAGUCCGGCUACCCCAGGUUCUGGAUCCAUCCCUCGAUUGAGAAGUUGCGGAACAUUUUAAUAGAGAAGUAUGCCAAGGAAAACGAAACCUGCUUUUGCUUCCCCUCUUAUAGAGUUGCUAAGCGGUGCAGAGAGUACAUAAGAAGAAAGUGCGCGCAUCGUAACGGCAAAGUAAGGAUAUUGCAGUUGGCCACAGCGAAGCCGAAUAACGAGGAGCAAAGGACAUGGAAAAGAGAGUGUAAGAUCGCGGUAGUAUUCGUGGACAGUGCGCACGAAAGCAUAUUACAGCAGUAUUGGCAGUACACUGGUGAGAUCAUUUCCAGCAGGCUAGCCGAAUAUGUCUUGCAUGAGCUUUUCAUAGUAGAGAAAAAAUCUAGCCCUGCCGAGGAGAAGGAAUAUAUAGAGACCCGGUACGGAAGAAACCUGAAUUUUGCGUUUGCUGAUCGAGCAAAAGAGUUGAUCAAGAAGAGGAUCGCCACGAAAGUCAUAGAUAAAGAUGAGCACGACGAGGAGGAAAACUAUCAUUUCUUUGCCAGGAACCAAGACGAACAGGAUUUCCAGGAGACGUUUUUGGAUUCGUCCCUCAAUGAGGCUAACCAUGGAGAAAGCCACGGAGACAGCAUGGGUGAGGAAGUGGACGGUCGGCAGGAACCGCAUACCGGUCUUGUUUCCACUAUACCUCCGGAACCCAUCGAAAUGAGCACCAUAGAAGAAGAGCAAUCAGCAGAGGAAGAUGCCGGAAGGUGUGCGCUCAGGGUCUGCCCUGAGAAAGACGUAUUCUUAUUUCCGAGCGGCAUGGCAUCCAUCUUCACUGCACAUAGAUUACUGUUACAAUGGGACUCACUGCGAUUGAACAGAUCCAGAAACGGUAGUGAUCUCACGUCGUCACCCCCGAAGAAGAAAACCGUGAUAUUUGGGUUUCCUUAUGCGGAUACGCUGCAUGUCUUGCAAGAAUUCAAUGAAACGUAUUUCUUAGGGGACGGCGACGGCUCCUCAAUGGAUGAACUGACGAAGAUUUUACAUUCAGGCGAGCAAAUCCUGGCCGUUUUCAUAGAGACCCCAUCGAACCCUCUAUUGAAAAUGGGCAAUUUAUUGGAACUAAAAAGACUUUCCGAGCUGUUCGGGUUUUUCAUCAUCAUUGAUGAAACUGUGGGCGGAAUAGUCAACAUUGACGGUCUACCAUUUGCCGACAUCGUGUGCAGUUCAUUGACCAAGACAUUUAGCGGGGACUCUAACGUUAUAGGAGGCUCGAUGGUUCUGAAUCCACAAAGCCGGGUGUACGAAUUUGCCACGCGCUUUAUGCGAUUGGAAGAUGAGUACGAAGAUUUGUUAUGGUGCGAAGACGCCAUCUACCUGGAGAGAAAUUCCAGAGAUUUCAUCGCCAGGACCGUCCGGAUCAACUAUAGUACCGAGUAUCUCCUAGAUAAAAUACUGAAACCACAUGUGGGAGGAAACGAAUUGUUCAAGAAAAUCUACUAUCCUAAUCUAACCUCAAAGGAAACGCUAACCAAUUACGACAUGGUGAGAUGUAAGAAGGAAGGCGGGUACGGCGGGCUAUUUUCAUUAACGUUCCAUGAUGAACAUCACGCUGCGGCCUUUUACGAUAACCUACAACUAAACAAAGGUCCCUCGCUGGGCACAAAUUUCACGCUGGCAUUCCCCUAUACGCUUAUGACGUACUACCAGGAACUUGCCAUGGCAGAAAAGUUUGGUGUGGAAAGAAACCUUCUUAGAAUCAGCGUAGGCCUCGAGAGCCAAUCGACAUUGGGGAAGAUCUUCCAAGAGGCAAUUGAUAAAACCUUGGGGAUAUGA